UGAACUUUGGUUUUUUUUUUUUUUUUUUGGGUUGCAAUUCUUCUCUUCCAAAACUAAAACGAAGUUUAAGUUUUUCUUUUCCUUUUUUUUUUUUUUUUCCUUUUCCCCUUUGUUUCCUUCAGGUCAGACCUUCUUCAUAAUCAUAUUCAUACAUACACACAAAAACGAACAUACAUACAUACAUACAAUCUUCUUCUUCUUCUUCUUCUUCUUCUUCUUCUUCUUCUUCUUCCAUUUACAUAACUUCAUUCUUCUUCUUCUUCUUCUUCUUCUUCUUCUUCUUCAAUUAAUCCCCCUUUUGUUUUCCAACUUUCCUCAUCAUCCACUUUACUGGUCUUCCCAUCAUUUUUACUUCCAAUUUCCUACUUCCAACUUCAACCCACAUCCCCAAUUCCCUUUUACGAACAAGGGUUUCUUCUAUUUCUUACUCUCCUUCUGCAAUUCGCGUCCUUUGCCUUUCUUCUUCCAGGCUGCUGUAAAACCCCCACUUUUUUGCUUGGUGCGCGUAUGAUGUAUAUUUGUGUGUAUAUAUAAUAUAUUUAUAUAUAUAUUCCUUCAAAUGGUGCGGCGUUUUAGACUUGAUUUGUUCUGAAUGACGUGGAAGUAUAAAUUCUGGGGGAUUUUUGUAUUGGUACAAUACCACAAUUCAGCUUCAAUUUUAGUGACUGGGGUUUGGAGCUACAGUUUAUAGUGUAUGAAACGAACCGGCCUCUGGAGAAAUGCAACCUCAGCACAGCUCCAGAAUUGAUUUAGGUGACUUGAAAGCUCAGAUAGUUAAAAAACUUGGAAAUGAUAAGUCCAAGCGGUACUUCUUCUUCUUGAGCAGAUUCUUGGGUCAGAAGAUGAGCAAGGUUGAAUUUGAUAAGGUGUGCGUUCGUGUGCUUGGAAGGGAGAAUAUUCAGCUCCACAAUCAAUUGAUAAGGUCAAUUUUGAAGAAUGCUUGUGUAGCCAAGACCCCACCACCAAUAAAUGCUUCAGGACAUGCACAAUCUGUGUUACACGCUUCCAACUCUCCUUGCAGGGAAGAUGGCCCUGAACAAACUGGAUCUGCCUUUCCAAAUCAGAAUCAGAGUAAACCAAUUUGGCCAAAUGGAGUUCUUCCAGUAUCCCCACGGAAGGGUAGAUCUGUCUUACGUGGAAAGUUUAGGGAUAGGCCAAGUCCGCUUGGUCCAAAUGGAAAAAUCACAUGUCUUUCGUAUCAAUCAACUGGCUCUGAAGAUAGCAGCAGCAAAGUCAUUACAGAGAAUGGUAAUGUAACCUUGUGUGACUAUCAGAGACCAGUACAGUAUCUCCAAUCAGUAGCUGAGCUACCUGAAAAUGACAUAGAUGGAGCAGUUCAAAGGCCAUCAGAAAAACCAAGGAUACAUCCAACAGAAGCAGCUAUUCUUGAAGAAGGAGAGGAGGUGGAACAGUCGGAUCCCUUAAGAUUCCUGAGAGGUCCUCUACUUCCACCUCUUGGUAUUCCAUUUUGUUCAGCUAGCGUAGGUGGGGCACGCAAGGCCUUGCCAGUCAGCAGUAGUGGCAGUAGUGAUUUUCUGAGUUGUUAUGACAGUAUUGGAUUGUCUGAUUCAGAGACGGUGAGAAAACGCAUGGAGCAAAUUGCAUCUGCACAAGGACUUGAAGGCGUUUCUAUGGAAUGUCCUAACAUAUUGAAUAAUACUUUGGAUGUGUACCUGAAGCAAUUGAUAAAGUCUUGCCUUGAGUUAGUGAGAGCAAGGUCUACAUUUGAACAUUCAGGGCACCCUAUCCAGAAGCAACAAAAUCAAGGGAAGGUCUUAAAUGGCAUGUGGCCUACUAACCACCUACGUGUACAGAACAACAAUGGGCGAUCCGAAGUUUUGCAGGAAAAGAGUUUAGAAUGCUCGGUGUCAUUGCUUGAUUUCAAAGUUGCUAUGGAGCUCAAUCCAAAGCAGCUUGGGGAAGACUGGCCUUUGCUGUUGGAGAAAAUUUCUAUGCGCGCCUUUGAGGAAUAAGCAGUUUGCAAAGGUUUUAUUUAUUAUUCUACAGCCAUUCAAGGCUGGUCGUUCUGAUCGUUGGGGGUUUAAAAUUUACCUGGGAUAUCAUCCCGUUCUUACCUUCUUGCUGGGGUAUACUUGAUCGCUCCCAUUUGGUUCAGGCUCCAAGUUUCCAUCCUAAAAUAUUGUGACUUUAUUGCCUGCUCCAUUGAGGAAGUUGAAUUAACCGACUAAGAAAGAGGGAGCUUUCAGCCAGAAUGCCCAUAAAAGGUUGUUCUGUUGCAUUUUUAGCAUUCUUCUUCACCCCAUUUGCCACUACCAUGUAACUUAGCUUUUCGUGUAACUUAUUUUUGAGAGAAUCAAAAAAGUUUUGCAGGGAUACUGUCAUUUAGUUUGGUGAAAGAUGAAUCACCUGGGUGAGAGCUUCAGGUGCUCUGUAUGUAUCUUUAGAAUCUGAGAAUUUAUUGGAAUUUCAAUAUUAAUAACAAAUUAACAUCCAUUUCAACGCA